GCCUUUGGAUAUUUGCUUAUUUCCAUUUAUGGUAUUAUUAUAAUUGGGUAGUCUCAAUAAUUAUAUUCCUGCAUAUAAAGGUCCUUGUCAUUUAGGAGAUGGCAUUUUCACUUUGAUUGAAUCUUGGGUUUUGAGCCUAUCCCUUUUUGUCACCUCUUAGACCCCUCCACCCCACCCCAUCCCACCUAUUCCUCUGUCAAUUCUCCUUCAGCUAGAUUAACAUUUGGGGGGUGGUGGGUGUACUUAGUUUCACUGCAAAUAUGGAAGACUCCUGCAAUGAACGGCUUGAUUUUGGCAAAAUGGGUUAUGGGUACGAAAAACAAAAUAUGCAAGCACUACAGGAGAAGAUGCAGGAUCAGGGCACCUUGCUGCAAUGAAGUCUUUGACUGCCGCCAUUGUCACAAUGAAGCUACGUUUGUCACAUUUGCGCUGUGUUUAUUUCAUCAGAGCUCGUUGCACAAUGUAUUUGAUCGACAUGAAUUAGUUCGAUAUGAUGUCAAGCAGGUCAUUUGCUCAGUUUGUGAUACAGAACAGCCGGUUGCUCGCGUUUGUACAAAUUGUGGUGUAAAUAUGGGAGAAUACUUCUGUGAAGUGUGCAAAUUCUAUGAUGAUGAUUUAGACAAAGGGCAGUUUCAUUGUGAUGAUUGUGGAAUCUGCAGAGUUGGUGGCCGUGAGAACUUCUUUCACUGCAGUAGAUGUGGCUCUUGCUAUUCAGUUAGUUUACGUAAUAACCAUUCAUGUGUAGAGAACUCCAUGCGGCAUCAUUGUCCCAUUUGUUAUGAGUAUCUCUUUGAUUCUCUCAAGGAUACAACAGUACUGAAAUGUGGGCAUACGAUGCACACUGAGUGCUAUCACGAGAUGAUAAAGCGUGACAAAUGCUGCUGUCCCAUAUGUUCCAGAUCAAUCAUAGAUAUGUCCAGAGCUUGGAGAAGAAUGGACGAGGAGAUUGAAGAGACAAUCAUGCCUGAAAAUCUUAGAUACAAGAAGGUUUGGAUCCUAUGUAACGACUGUAAUGAUACAACCGAAGUAUUCUUCCACAUUAUUGGGCAGAAAUGUCGACACUGUGAAUCAUACAACACCCGUAUGAUUGCACCUCCCGUUCUUCCUCAAUAACAAUUUUCUAACUGGAAAAACUGAAUGUUGUGCUGCUGGAACCUGGUGCCAACAGGUGAGAAACAAGAGCAUGAUGUAUGGUCUGAUCUUUCACCAAAUUUGCCGCAACUCAAUUGCUUGCAUUAUGCAUUUGUAAUCUAAUUCAUUCUCCAAUGAUGUGCAGUGGAAAACCCAAGCGAUCUGAUACUGGACUUAUGUGUACAUUAUGUGUGCUUAAUUGUUGUAGUGCUUGAAGGGAGUACAUUUUAUUGUUUUGAAAAUCAAACUAAGUGCAUUUUAGCACAAUUGUGUUGAAAUUGCCGAAAUGGAUGAAGGUAUUACAAUUCAUGUAACCAUUUGGAACCCCUAUGAGGCUACGCCUGAUAUGACAUACCUUAAAUAUUAAUCACUGUAAAUAUGUACAAAGGAACUUUUUGGCUAUAUACAUGCUAUCUGGGUUCUGGCUC